AUGGCGCAAUCUCUAGCGUCGUCCAAAUUCCUCCGGGGCUCAUUCACAAAAUGCCAGCGAUGCUUCUCCAGCCGUGCAUUCCAGCCGACGCCGUUGCGGCCGACUCUCCCUCGCGCACCGGUGCAAAGCAGACAACCGAUUUUGCAGAAGCGAACCAAGUACAAGACUGUCGAGCAGGCAAAGAGUCGGCAUAGCACUGGCGAGUUACAAGCUGACAAAUCAACCUCUUGCACUCAGCCUUUCUCGUGGAAAGCCGGAAUUCUAUUCGUCGCAACUUGCGGUGCACUGGUUUGGUACUUUGAAUUUGAGAAGGGGCGGAUGCAAAGGAAGAGGAUAGCCGAUGCGUCCAAGGGUGUUGGCAGGCCAAAGGUCGGCGGGUCGUUUGAGCUGCUAGACCAAAAUGGCAAGCCGUUCACCAGUGAAAUGAUGAAGGGCAAAUACUCCUUGGUGUACUUUGGAUUCACUCGUUGCCCCGAUAUUUGUCCCGAAGAACUCGACAAAAUGGCGCGCAUGCUUGAUGUAGUCGAAGAAAGGGCCCCCGGUGCACUUCUACCAAUCUUCAUCACUUGCGAUCCCGAGCGCGACGAUCCGGCGGCCCUCAAGAGCUACCUUGCCGAGUUCCACGACAAGUUCAUUGGCCUGACUGGCACAUACGACCAGAUCAAGGACCUUUGCAAGAAGUAUCGAGUGUACUUUAGCACACCGCAAAAUGUCAAGCCGGGCCAAGACUACCUGGUUGACCAUAGUAUUUACUUCUAUCUGAUGGAUCCGGAAGGCGACUUCGUGGAGGCUCUGGGGCGACAGCAUUCACCAGACCAAGGCGCCCAACUGAUUUUGGACCAUAUGAAGGAUUGGAGGAAAUGA